AUGAACAUGGAUGAGGAGGCAUCCCUCGAAUGUUACUUUGACCAGACUAUUGCUGGCUCAUCCGAUUAUAUCUUUGAAGGAGAUCUGGGUCUGCAGGGUUCAACUCCACAGCUCCAGGAUUCCUCUUUUCUGUCCUCUUUAGCCUCUCAGGAACAAGAUCUGACAGAGGACUUGGACCUGAGCUUCUUACCUGAUGAUCUGAGCACUCAGGAUGAGCCGUCGCAGGUUGAGAAAGACCGCAAGAAUGAAGACAGUGGCGUCUACACCGACUGCCUGCCGAGAGAGUCCACAGAGGCAGAUAUUGACACCAGUAAUUCGGCCCAAAAUACCUCACAGUUCAACCUCCCGAUGACACCCAUGACCCCGAUGACACCCAUGACCCCAGUGGCAGAGAGUUCAGGCAUCAUCCCGCAAUUACAGAAUAUUGUGUCAACGGUGAAUCUUGCUUGCCCUCUGGAUCUCAAAUCCAUUGCACUUCAAGCUCGAAAUGCUGAAUAUAACCCAAAGCGUUUUGCUGCGGUUAUAAUGAGGAUCCGUGAACCAAGAACUACUGCUCUGAUUUUCAGCUCUGGAAAAAUGGUCUGCACUGGAGCCAAGAGCAGUGAAGAGCAAUCUCGCCUCGCUGCAAGGAAAUAUGCUCGGGUGGUACAGAAACUUGGUUUUCCUGCCAAAUUCCUCGACUUCAAAAUCCAAAAUAUGGUUGGGAGUUGUGAUGUCUGCUUUCCUAUACGCUUGGAAGGCCUGGUCCUCACUCAUCAGCAAUUCAGCAGCUAUGAGCCCGAGUUGUUUCCAGGUUUGAUAUAUCGCAUGGUGAAACCACGUAUUGUCCUGCUGAUUUUUGUGUCUGGAAAAGUUGUGCUCACAGGUGCAAAAGAGCGGUCUGAGAUCUAUGAAGCUUUUGAAAAUAUUUACCCCAUCCUGAAAGGGUUCAGGAAGCAAUAG